UCUGAUGACAGAAGCGUAAACUUUAGAUUUUACAGUUUUUCAGGAAAUUUCUGUUAACCAUGGCUGCAGGAGCCCCCGAAGCCCCAUCUAAAUCAGCUUGUAUAUUCUGUAAUAUAGUGAACAAGCUAGAAGACACAGAGAUACUGUACGAAGAUGAAGAAAUCUGCGUGUUUCGUGACAUCCGACCAGCAAGUCGGUUCCACAUUUUGACCAUUCCGAAAAGGCAUAUUGAGGACGUUAAAUCUUUAACAGCCGCUGAUAAAGACUUAGUUGAAAAGCUGCUAACCGUAGCCAAAGAGAUGUUGACCAAGAACGGCCUGUCAGAAGACGUUGCCAGGUUCGGGUACCACUGGCCACCGUUCCGGAGCGUGAAGCACCUUCACUUGCACACCAUAGCUCCGGAGAGUGAAAUGGGUUUCCUCGCCAAAAUGAUGUUCCGGAAGGAUUCUUAUUGGUUUGUUUCGCCUGAUUACGUGAUGUCAAGACUAUGACGUGACAGAAGUGAUGAAAAUAUUCCAAUUUUUGCACAUGAACGAGCGGAGAAGACCAAGUUGGGAUGAGCUUGUCAUUUGAUUUUGAACCUAACGGUAAAAGAGUUAGGAUCUAUUUUGAUGUACAAUUUAUUUGCAAUAAAAACUUGUAUUAUGUAGGUAAAGUACCUAAUGGACAAUGGUUAAUGAUUAUUAUUUAUUAUUAUAGUAAUGUAAUCGUAUUUAGUCUUAUUUAUUGUUGUUAUAUUGGGUUAGAAUACACGAUUAAAGUUA